AUGGGAUCAAAUCGAAAAACUCUUAACACUCUCCGCUACACCCUCGGUCUUAGCAACUUGCAAGAUGUAUCACAACUGGCUCAAGUCUCCCAGAACCUGCUCGAACAAAAGUUUGACGCUACACCUGAAAGCUUCUCGGCUAGAAGAAUGGGGAGAAUUUACAUGACAUGGCUUAUUCACCAAGACUUCACGACAGAAGAGAACCUCCAAAGCCAAGUCGUCGAGAAAUGGGUAUCUUUCGUGGACUCCUGGGGGUUGGAGGUUGAAGACGCCAUCGCCUUGUGGGCUAAAAUCAACAACAAGGAUACUGAGUCGGACGAGGACACAAAACAGCUGAGGGAGAAGAGAAAUGCUUUACGACAUGAAAUAGAGAAUCAGUUCCUUAAACUUGAGACCUCAGAGCCCAUACCACCCUCCGGCUUGCCACUGCGCAAUUACAAUACUCGCGGUCAAAUUAGAAAGUUUGAUGAGUAUACCAAAUCUGCCCUUCAGGACUGGCCGACGAGGGAUAUCCCCUUCUCAAGCAUAGAGACUGCUGCAGAUACGGAUACGAAGUCCAAAGAGUCCAAAGAGUCCGAAGAGAUUACGUCGCUGGAUAUAAAAGGAGAACAUGGGGAAGUACCAGCAAAGAAAAAAGCAAGACUCGACACUGGUGGUAGUAGUAACCCCAGGUUGGUUUCGAAAGGAUCCGGCACGAGCUCGUCUCCCAUCGAUCUGACAAAAUGA